AUGUUGAACGGCUGCUUGUGGUGGACCAUCAUAUCCCGAGCCACUCCUACGCUGGCUGUGAGGGGUAAGGGAAGGAGGCAAGGGGGAGAUGGGUGUGAAGGGGCAAGCGGAGAAGGAGGCAAGGGGGAGAUGGGUGUGAAGGGGCAAGCGGGGAAGGAGGCAAGGGGGAGAUGGCAUUCCCCUUGCCUCCAAAGCAGCAUUCUCCCAGCCUCCCUCGCAGCAUUCCCCCUGCCUCCCUUGCAGCAUUCUCCCUGCCUCCCUCGCAGCAUUCUCCAUGCCUCCCUCGCAGCAUUCUCCCCGCCUCCCUCGCAGCAUUCUCCCCCGUCCCCGCAUUCCCCACCUCCGCCUUCCCCGCCUUUCCCUUCCUAUCCCCCGUUUCCGCCGCCGCAUCUCCUUCGUUCUCUUUCCUCCUUGCAUUUCUUCACCUUCCCUGGAGUGUCAUUCGCGGAAGCUUCCUUGGCAACUCCAACCCCCUCCAACCCCGCCGAUCCCGCCAAUCCCCCCGGUGAUUUCUCCCCUUCUCCUGCGCCUUUCGCUCCCUCCUUCCGCUUCCGCUUUUUCCUCUCUACGCCCUGGUCUUUUGGUUCCGCCUCUCUCCUGCACUUCCAGCGCCUCUUGCUCCUCGUGUUCCUCCACCUUUUCUUCCUCCCCUUACUCUCCCAUUUCCUCUUCAUCCUCCUCUUCCACCUUCCUCAUCUUCCUCGUCCUCAUGGUCCUUCUUUCUUCCAUAAAUUUCCUCCGCUUGUUCCUCCCCUUCCUACCAUUUCUCCCCUUCCUCCAAUUCCUCCCCCCCCUCUCCCACCCGCGUGGGCAGACUCAUUUGUCGUCCAAACCAUGGGAACGCCCCCUAAGGAAUUGAGUAGCGAGGGGAGACGAGAGGCGACGGUAGGGGAAGCGAGGGCCUUCGCGCUUUGCAGUUGGAAUAUCUCCUUCUCGCGCUUGUCCUCAAGCAACGCGAAGGGUGACGGGAGGGGAAGUGAGGUCGACAGGUAA